CUCUGUCAGUGCCAGAUAAACAGCCGCUUGUUUAUGCCAUGAAUUUGUCAAUAGGCAUUGAUCCUUCUGCUCUGCAUUGCUGAAACAUGUCCAGAUGUGAGGAGGCGAGAAAUGCAACUGACUGGUCCCAGAGACGAGAGAGGACAUUUAAGAAACUUCUGAACAGCAGAAAAACAUCUGGACAGACACGGGAAAAACAGCUGUCUUAAACUUUGAUCACAUCUGUUGAUCUGAGGCCUGUUAAGAAAAAAAGAUACCUGAACAUCACAUCAUAACAUCUGUAUUGUAGAAAUUCAUUUGAAACAUUAGAACAACACCUAGACAAGAGGUUCUGGCCUCUGAACACAAUCACAUGUAACAUCUGUCCCACAGCAGAGAAACAUGUGGUUUCAUCACCACACAGCUGGUUGAGUUUUUGAAAACUAAUCAGCUGUGUUCUCUGAACUCUGUGAACAAGGAACGUGGGAGAUGGGAGGAACCGUGUGUACAGAAGAGAUGAAGGAGGAGAAGAGGAGCGAAGGGAGGGAAGACAGUUUGACAUCAGCAGACAGAAUACGAAGAUUCACCGUCAAACAAUUUGGAUACAAUGUUCUGAGCCUGGCUCGCCGAGGUCUGAAGGAGGUUCCAGAUGAACUGUGGGAGUUGUUGGAGUUGGACAAGCUGAAUUUGUCUCUCAACAGCCUGACUGUUCUUCCUUCUCAGCUGGCUCUGCUGUCUAACCUGGUGGUCCUCAAUCUAUGGGGUAACCAGCUGAGCAAUUUGCCACCAGAGAUCGGUCAGCUGAGGAAACUCCGAGUUUUAUUUGCCUACAGAAACAGACUUAAAGAGGUUCCUGAAGAGCUGGGCGCCUGCACACAGCUGGAGGUGCUGAGUUUAGCCAACAACCAGCUGUCAUCGCUGCCGGCUUCUCUUUCUAAUCUGACCCAAUUGAGGAAGCUCAACCUCAGUCACAACCUCAUCACUCACAUCCCGGGCUGUGUCUACAACAUGAAGGCUCUGGUGUUCCUUCACUUGGCCUGUAACCGUCUAGAGAACCUGGCAGAGAAUAUUCAGGCUCUGGUGGAGCUCAGAAUUCUCAUUGUGGAGGGAAACAGCAUCCACUCAUUGCCCAAGGCCCUCUGCUGCCUCACCAGGCUGGAGUUACUGAAUCUCGACUUUAACGACAUCAAGGAUGUUCCACAGGAGAUGCACCAGCUGUCCCGGCUGGAGAAGCUUGCUUGCCAUCCUCUGGAUAAAGGACUUCACAUUGUCCACAACCCGCUGCUAAAACCAGUGAAGGAGGUGCUGGAGGGCGGGCUCGGUGCACUUUUUAACUACCUGAGAGCAGGGUAGCUUGUAACAACCUAAGAAAUGGAUUUAGAACUUUUUCAAUACAUUUUAAGUACUUAAAGUGUUGAAUAGGGAGCAGGAGUUUUUAAACUACCUUAGAGCUGCAGAAUGGACUUAUAACCACCCCAGGGAUUUGUGCGAGGCGGGGCUUUUGUUGUUCUUAAACAACCUGUGGGUUUGGAACAGGGGCAGGUGACUGAGAUGACUGAGCAGACACCUGUCAUGUGUCCAAAUGGAUGUAUGUAGACUAGUAAAAUUUUUCUUAAAGAGAAUUCCAAUUUAAUAAACUGAUUUUUAAAAUGC